AAAUCUACAAUCAAUCCAACAACAAUACUUCAAAGAGCAUCGUUAAUUCUUCACUCAAACACUCAUAUCUCUCUGCAAUCAAAUGGCUCGUACCAAACAGACGGCAAGGAAAUCCACCGGAGGAAAGGCUCCAAGGAAGCAACUGGCGACCAAGGCGGCAAGGAAGUCGGCGCCGGCCACCGGUGGAGUGAAGAAGCCACACAGAUUCAGGCCAGGAACCGUCGCAUUGCGGGAGAUCAGGAAGUACCAGAAAAGCACCGAGCUUUUGAUCAGGAAACUUCCGUUCCAGAGGCUUGUGAGGGAAAUCGCUCAAGAUUUCAAGACUGAUCUCCGAUUCCAGAGCUCUGCCGUGGCUGCACUUCAGGAGGCUUCCGAAGCGUACCUUGUUGGACUAUUUGAAGACACAAAUCUGUGCGCGAUUCAUGCUAAAAGAGUUACAAUCAUGCCUAAGGAUAUGCAGCUUGCUCGUAGGAUUCGUGGUGAGCGGGCUUAGAACUUUUGUUAUUGAUGUUAGUAUGUAGAUCUUGAUUAGUUUGAUGUUCGUCUCGGUGUUCUGUUUCUAUCUUAUUUUACUAAAUGAAAAUUUGAAUUUGGUGUUGA